UGUCGCUGCGGCCCCAACCUUCCUGUUCCCUCAGUACCCGGGCACGCUCAGGCUCACUUGAACACGCCUGCGGCUCCCCUGCUGAGGUUCGGCAGCCAUGGCCUCUCAUCGGCUCCUCCUGAUGGCGGCGGUGCUGGCGCUCUGCCUUCCGCGACAGGUUCUUUCAGACGGGCAGCAGGAAUUGUCGCCGGAAGAGCGGCUGAAGAAGCACCUGCUGCAGAGCUACGACAAAACAGCCUUGCCUCAGCGGGAGCACAACGCGACGACGUUGGUGGAGAUCACGGUGCAGGUGCAGGGCUCGUGGAUUGAGGAGGACAAGCAGGUCGUCCACAUCAACGCUUGGAUCGCCCUGACGUGGAUGGACCCGCGCCUGACAUGGGACCACAAGGACUACGGGGGACUCGACAAUGUACACGUGGGAGACCAUGAAGUGUGGCAACCCGGCAUCGUCCUCUACAACAACGCCGACAUCACCAAAGUGGACCCGUACGGCAGCACAGACUUGGUGGUUGACUCUGAAGGGCGGGUGUGGUGGGUGCCACCCGCCACCCUGCGUGCGGAGUGCCCCCUCGACUUGACCUACUGGCCCUAUGACACCCAAGUCUGCUACCUCUUCCUCGGCUCUUGGACACGGCACGGCUACCACAUGGACAUCCAGCUAUUCAGGAACAGAUCAAAGGUGUUGCCGGGUUGGUUCAUGAAGUACACACACGCAUGGCAGUUCCAGGGCGGUGAGUUGGGCCGCCUUGUCCAGGAAUACCCAACCGUGAACCUUCGCUACGUCAUGAUUCAGAUGAUGGUCAAGUUCACCCGAGUGUCGCCCGUCUUCACUUACACCGUCGCACUUCCCUCUAUUGUGGUUGCUGUACUCGCACUGCUGCAGUUUGUCUUGCCUCUGUGGGAAGUUCGUCGUCUCCUGCUGGGCUGCGUCUGCCUCAUCCUCACCCUCCUGCACCUUAUUUACCUCGCCAGCACUAUCCCAGUCCUCUCCUCAGUGCCUGUCGUUAUCAAGUUCUUUGGGCAGUCACUGAUGGUGGUGGUGGUGAGCGUGGGGAUAAACGCCUUACUACUCCGCUUCCUUGAUACACGCCAGCCAGGCAUCAGCACGCCCCCGCCAGCCUUUCUCAAGAGGCUCCUCACGGGGCCCCUCAGCACUGUCCUCUUCCUCAGGCAGUACACUGAAAAGGUUGGGAUGAGUGGGGGCGGAACCGAGGACGGAGAGGUUUUAGAAGAUUCACGCCCGCCAUCACACAACUACGAAUGGCUUCUCGUCGCUGCUGCCAUCGACCGCAUUGCUGUCGUUGUCUUCAUCAUUGCCUUCUUAAGUGUCUUGAUUUGAAUCAACUAAUUAGUUCAUUAAUGGUGCGAUUUUUUAUUUUAUUUUUAUCUUUCAGUUCUUGUUUUUUCAUUUACGAUUUGUAUUCAAUUAAUGGCAUUCCUUAUUCUUGGAUUGAUGGUCAAGCAUAUGGUUGAGUUAAUGGCUUGCUGAGAUCUAUGCUCAAAGCAAUGGUUUUUAGUAUAUUGUUAAAGUAAUGGCCAGAACAUGUUGGAUUGAUGUUUGGGCAUCUAAAUGUGAAAUUCUCCCCUGAAGCCGACCCUGCUUAUCGUGUUGUUUCUGUAAAAGACAAGAGUGGAGGAGAUCAAGGGAAUGCCCACAGAGUUCAUGGCUUGAGUAAGCCAAUAGAACCUGCCAUGGGGUACUUGGGAUGGGAAGGGGCCCUGCAUUGAUAUUUGUCUAGAGGAUCCCCCAGGUUUGGCAUCAGAAGGUGAGCAAAGCAACACAUGAUACUGCAUAUGCCUCCAUUGAUUGAUUAUGCAUCUGAGGCAUCAGGUAUGUUUGCUAAUUUGUGUGCACCAUUCCAUUUUGUACCUGGGGAAUGCUCUGGAAAUAUUUGUGAGGCAUGAAAAUAAAAAUGCUCUUAAAAGAAAGGAUGCUAAACAUUCUUUCCUGAUAUGUAUGCAUGUAUGUAACAAGGGACACAAGGUGUCUAGUGAAUGAAGCUCUACAGGUGGUGCAAAAGGUGAUAAUACAGUUGCUUAUUUCCGAUCAUUAUCAGUUCUUUGAUUAUAAGCUUCAUUGUAUUAAUUUAAUUUAAACAAUAGUAAAUGUGUUACUGAUACCACUGAGAGGGAUUAUCAUUAUUAUAAUUCUUUAAAGUGAUGUUGGUAAAGAUUAUGGUUGAGCCAUUCUUUACAUGGUGUGGAUGUCCUAUAAGACCCAAGCAAAACAAAUUGCAACCUUACAUAGUAAUAAUUAUGACAUGUAUUGACAUUAUACAUACAUUAAUAUGUUCAGUUAACUGUGUAAUCUGCUUACCACUUGUCUGGGAGACUUAAAAUACACUUUAUGGGUCAUUACAA